AUGUCUUCAGCCGCCGUGCAGCAAUCCAGCGGGCCCGCCAUCUCACCCAGAUCCUAUCAACCCCAACAGUCAUCAUCCCAUGCCCAGAGCCAGUAUUAUACACAGCAAUCGCCCCCAGCCGCCUCGCCCUCCUCCUCCUCGCGACCCUCGCGCCGGCCCAGCGGCAAUGGCGCUUCCCUCAACGCACCUACAUCUCCCCACGCACAACACUCCCCUGGUGUAGCAGCCACCUCCAAUCCGAAUAGUCCUCGUCCCUUACCCAACGUUGCUCACCCUUCGCCCACAAUGACGACCUCGGCCGCCACCAACUCCUUCGCGACCGGAGCACCUAUGCCACCUCCGCGCACAUCGUCACAACGCAACACACCAGCCGACAGGAUAAGAGACGACGGCUCAACCGCAGCAGCAAGCGCUGCUCAAUCACGUCGGAAAGGAAAGGAGAGCCCCCGUCAUCACGGAAGCUCAAGCAGAUCCAAAACGUCGCCCGGUCAGCCUUCUCACAGUCGGUCGGCCACAGCCAUUGGUGAGCCGGCCGCAGGUACAACCCUACCCCGUGAAGAAAGCACCGUCAUAAACAGGAUUGUGGUCGCAGACCCGCAAGAGGAUCUCGCCCGUGCUGAGGCCAGAUUGGCCGAGGCAAGACCGGUUACCAGCGGCGCCGACGUCACCCCAAUAACGGGCUUAGGUUUGGUGGGCAGCGAGGGCGUCGAUGAUGGCGGACGAGGAGCAGGCAAGAGCCGGCAAGACCACCCAAAGACGGAGCGAAGGUCCAAGUUUGGCAAUUACAUCCUAGGCCAAACGCUCGGAGAGGGCGAGUUUGGCAAGGUCAAGAUAGGCUGGAAAAAGGACAGCAGUGUCGAGGUUGCUAUCAAGUUGAUCAAGCGAGAGAGUCUGGGGUCUCAAAGCCGCUUACAGAAGAUCUAUCGCGAGAUCCAUAUCCUACGGGGGCUCGAUCACCCCAACAUUGUCCGCUUGCACGAAAUGGUCGAGACGGAGCGCCACAUUGGCAUAAUAUUAGAGUAUGCUUCCGGGGGCGAGUUGUUCGACUACAUCCUGAAUCAUCGAUAUCUCAAGGACGGCGCAGCGCGCCGCUUGUUCGCACAGCUGGUCUCUGGCGUUGGCUAUUUGCACAAGAAGGGCAUCGUACACCGCGAUCUGAAGCUGGAAAAUCUACUGCUGGACCGCAAUCGUAACAUCAUCAUCACCGACUUCGGCUUCGCGAAUACCUUCGAUCCCAAUGACGAGCUCAGCGAGGAGAUUGAAUAUAACCUAGGAAACAAAGAAUACAUCAAGUCUUUAGGACUGGAUGGUCCCGAUGGCGUCCGGAGAGGCGAUCUGAUGCAGACGAGCUGCGGUAGCCCCUGCUAUGCUGCUCCCGAGCUUGUCGUGAGCGAUUCGCUCUAUACCGGACGCAAAGUGGACGUGUGGAGUUGCGGUGUGAUCUUGUAUGCCAUGUUGGCCGGCUAUCUACCCUUUGACGAUGACCCAGCCAACCCAGAGGGUGAUAACAUCAAUCUUCUGUAUAAGUACAUCGUAUCCACUCCCCUCACAUUCCCCGAAUACGUCACACCUCACGCAAGAGAUCUUCUCAAGCGUAUCCUUGUCCCGGAUCCCCGGAAGCGUGCCGACCUGUUCGAAGUAGCCCGGCAUAGCUGGCUCAGCGAAUAUGCCCAUGUGGUCAGCUUCAUCACUUCAAGUACGGCCACUCCAAAUGAUAUUGCCAAGACUACAAUCCUUCCGAAAGAGGAAGUCCCCACGCUCGCACGUAGUGCCUCAGUACGAGAACCGACGAAGCCUCACAGCGCGGUCGCGCCUGUGGGAGGGCUCACAGCGAAGCGCGAGCAAAUCAAUCGCAAUGAGCCAAGCGAAAAGUCGAAAUCGAGCCGUGACAACAAGAGGCGCACCGUACAAGUUGAAUAUGUGGCGCCUCAGUCACAGACCGCUCGUGGAGAGGCUUCUCCACCCACCGCUGCGGCGGGAUCAUCCAAGUCACGUGGCAAAGAACAGGGUUAUGUGGAGGCUCCAGCAGCCGAUGGAUACCAAGCUCCAAGCGCUCCUGGUCGUCAAGGCCGCCCUGCCGCUGCAACGGAUGCUGCCACCACGCGACCAACCAGGGAGACACAGAGAUCUAUAUCCGACUAUGCCUUUGCAAACGUCCCUGCUACAUCGGCAGCACGACCCUCUACUGGGGGAACUCUAAGUGGGCGUUUGCCAUCCAGAGGCAAUUCGUACGGCCAGCCUGCGGUAGCAACGGUUGCACAGACGAACGCGGAGGGCCGUUUUUCGCAGCCUAAGGGCAAGCAGUACCACAUAUCCGCGCCCAUGGCUCAGCAAGAAGGUCCGAUCGGCGAACCCUCAAUUGGACAGCCGAGCACACAUAGAGUCCCCGCCCAACCGGAGGCACAACCUCCCAACUACAAGGGUCAUAGACGUUCGAAUACAGUCAGCGAGACGAUCGGUAGGGUCACGUCGAUGUUCACUGGCCGGCAACAUGCAGACUCAGCACACUCGACUCAUGUCCCGAACAAGAUCCAGAAAUCAUAUCCACCCGUUAGCAUGGUUCCCAUUUCCCAAGACGAGCCACCAAGAAAGUCGCAGGAAUCGUCACGACGUACCUCGUUUGGUUUCAGCCGGAAGAAUACCGAUCAGUCGGGAAACAAAUCCACAAGACGGUUCUCCCUCCUGCCUUCGUCACUAUCGAGAACGUUCAUGGGACACCGGGAAAGCUUGCCACCUUCGAGCUCCCAUUCUGCGGUCGACAGGCGUACAUCUGCCGCUCCUGCUGCACGCAAACGCACCACCUCGCGCCCGGGGAUGAACUAUCCCGACAGUCGUUCGCCAAGCCAGAGCACCACGAGAAGCGAGAGACCUGGCUUCUACGAUGGGGCGCAUGAGAGCGGCUCAAGGAUCCGUGCAGGCUCGUCUUCAGCCCCGGCCCAGCAGACACAGUUCAGCUACUCGACUCUGAUCGGCGACGAGAAGUUCCCCGGUCCGACGCAACCUCAUCCCUCGCAGAAACCUCAAGCAUACCGCCACCCCAACGACUCGGAUGCAUCCCAGCGUGUGAUGCGCGGCGGCCAACAGCAGCAGAGGCCGCAGUAUCCGGCCGGAUUUGACAGCUCCGAAUGUGUACCCCCGGCCACGACUCCGCAGCGCGAACGUCCUGGUGUGCUGCAGAAGCAUAGGAAGUUUGCGGAUGCGUACGAGGAUAAGGGACAUCAUGCGGGCAGCUCAGGGAGCGCGAAGCGGGUGAUGGACAUAUUUAGGAGGCUGGGGAGGCAGAGGACGAAGGAGGAUCGGUGA